AUGGAUGGUGAGAGUUCGCUCUGUGAGCUAGCGGGGACUGUGGAUGAUAAUGGAGAUAUGUCUCGGGGGUUGGAUUCAUUCGACAACCCAAAUGAGGGGUUAAAUUUUGAGACUUGCAUGUUGGAUGAAUUUAGCUCAAAUAUUGUCAAAGUCAUAUGUCAUGUACAUGAGAGGCCAUUUAUCACAAAUAAUUACCAUUGUCGCGGCGUCCCUGGGGCUGUUGUUGGUGGUCGUCUGCCGAGGCUGGAGUUGCUGUGCGCUCGAAUUGCUGUUGGAGGUUUCGGCCACUGGGGGGCUGAUGCAGGCGGUGGAGUGGCGGCCGGAGGUAGCUGUGCUCGGGUCUGGGACUGGAGAAGGUUGUGCAGGAACAGAAGGCUGAGGCUGCUGUGGCUGGGGAAGGGCUCACCGGAGAUGCUGGUCGGAGUUGCCGCUGCUGUGUGCGGGGAGCAGAUGGCAAUGGUAACGACGGUGCUGGAGGAGGCCGAGAGGCAUGCUGGGAGGCCGGGUGCCUCGGCAGUGGUUGCCUGCCGAGUGCUAGAGACAGAUGGAGAGGGGGGAGUUGUCUGCGGGUUUCUGCUACUGCCCGCCAGAGAUGGCUGCUGCGGUGGCACCGCCAGUGAUGACGACGGCGAGAGUGAGGGUGCAAUGCCGGCGGGGAGACUCGGAUAUGUCGUGUACAUGAGAGGCCAUUCACAUCGCAAAGAAUCACCAUUGUUUGAUAAGAAUCAAAUAACAGAGUCUCAUUAUAGGUUUUUGGGCUCGCUUCUAGGAAGUGAGGUACGUGCCGAGGAUGCCAUCUUUUAUUCAUACUCGCGACAUAUUAAUGGUUUCGCUGCGCUGCUUGAGGAGGAAGAGGCAACAAAGAUAGCUAAUCAUCCAAAAGUUGUUUCAGUUUUCCCAGAUAGUGCAAGAAAACUACAUACAACUAGGUCCUGGAGCUUUAUGGGACUAAAUAAUGACAAUAACUUAGGACCCUCAAGAAAUUUCUGGAAAAAGGCAAGAUAUGGUGAAGAUACAAUCAUUGGGAAUCUAGACACUGGUGUUUGGCCGGAAUCAAAGAGUUUUAGUGAAGAUGGAAUAGGACCUGUUCCAUCGAGGUGGAAAGGAGAUUGUCAAAAUGAAAAUGACCCUACAUUUCAAUGCAAUAGGAAGUUGAUCGGAGCAAGAUACUACAAUAAAGGGUAUCAAGCAGCAGCGGCAAAACUUGGUUUGAAGGUAGAGGAGAAGGACUCGCCUCGCGACAAUGAUGGCCAUGGCACCCACACCUUGUCCACAGCUGGGGGCAAUUGCGAAAAAAACGCGAGCGUCUUUGGGUUUGGCUAUGGGACAGCUAUAGGCGGAUCUCCCAAAGCUCGCCUCGUAGCAUAUAAGGUGUGUUGGUCCAUGCCGCAGGUUGGGGUUGUGUGCUUUGAUUCUGACAUACUCGCAGCUUUUGAUGCUGCCAUCGAUGACGGGGUCGACGUCCUCUCUGUCUCGAUAGGAGCCAAGGUUGUAAGGAAUAUCUUUGAAGAUGGCAUGGCCAUCGGAGCCUUCUGUGCCACCAUCAAUGGUAUUGUGGUGGUUGUAUCUGCUGGAAAUAAUGGACCUGCACCUGCAACUGUCUCUAAUAUAGCACCUUGGAUGAUCACUGUUGCAGCCAGCACCAUGGAUCGUCGCUUCCUUGCUCUUGUUAGACUUGCUAACAAUAUUGUUGUCGAGGGAGAGAGUCUUUCGGAUAAAUCCUUACCAAACAAGAAGUUCUAUAUCCUGCUUAAUGCUGCUAAUGCCAACCUUGCAAAUGCAUCAAGUAAUGACUCAAGAUUAUGCAAAGAAGGAACACUAGAUUCUACGAAGGUGAGUGGAACGAUUUUAUUGUGCUUUAGAGGUCAAAAUUCAAGAGUAGAAAAAGGUAGUGUAGCAGCUUUGGCUAGCGCUGUAGGGAUGGUUCUUGCUGAAGACGUUGAGUCGGGGUACGUAGUAGCGGAUCCACAUGUCCUUCCUGCAGUACAUGUUGACUUUAAUGCUGGUCAAACUAUACUCAAGUACAUCAAUUCAACUAUGCGGCCUAUGGCUUCCAUUUCACAUGCGACGACACAAUUAAACGUAAGGCCAGCACCAGUCAUGGCAGCAUUUUCAUCUAGAGGACCGAGUAUGAACCUGCCAGAGAUUCUUAAGCCUGACGUCACCGCACCAGGAGUGGGCAUCUUGGCCGCUUUCACCGGGGGAAACUCGCCGACGGAUAUGAAAUUUGAUGAGCGUCGAGUUCCUUUCAACAUACUUAGUGGAACUUCUGUAUCAUGCCCUCAUGUCUCUGGCGCUGUUGGGCUACUUAAAACCCUUUACCCUGGUUGGACUCCCGCAGCAAUUAGAUCGGCAAUCAUGACAACUGCAAUUGCAUGGGAUAACACUUUCAAGCCAAUUGCUGAUGCAUUUAAUUUAACAGCAACGCCAUUUAGUUAUGGAGCUGGACAUUUAAACCCAGUAGGUGCUAUGGAUCCAGGGUUGGUUUAUGAUGUUACUACAAAUGAUUAUUUGAAUUUAUUGUGUGCCCACGGUGUCAGCCAAUUUUUAGCACAAUUUCUCCCAAGGGGGGCCCCCUUCACAUGUCCCAAAUCAUUUAAUCUAUUAGACUUCAACUAUCCUUCUAUUACUAUACCUAAACUUAAUGGCUCAAUUACGAUCACUCGAAUUGUCAAAAAUGUUGGUUCUCCUAGUGUUUACAUGGCAUUUGUUCGAAAUCCUAGUGGAAUUUCUGUUAAAGUGACACCUUUACUUUUGGAUUUCAAGAAGAUUGGUGAGGCACAGGCCUUCAAGCUUACAUUGAAAGUUAUAACUGUCAAUGCCACGGGAGAAUACAAAUUUGGAACUUUAGUGUGGACUGAUAACAAGCACGUUGUAAAGAGUUCUAUUGUAGUAAAGACAGGAUAAAUCAAUAUAAGACCCACUCAGUUCCUCUUAUUUAACUUCUAUUACUACGUACUAGAUCAAAGCUUUGUUAUCUAUAACUUUCAGUGUGAGAGCGGCUUGUAUCAUGAUGAUUUUAAAUGAUAUAAUAACACAUUUUUAGUUAA